UGUAAAAUAUUUCUCCAAUAAAAUGCUACUCAAACUAGCUCGUGGAAACAUAAAUCUCCUGUCUCGAAGAUUUUUCUGUGAUAAACCGAAAGUGGAGCUCCCCAAAAACGUCCUGGAGCCUUAUCAGUCGGCACAGAAUCAGCCUGAGAAUGGAUUGAUCUACGACAAGAAGCCGUUUAAGGUGGAAUUGGACAAGGAUAAACUCUAUUCCUGGUGCCUCUGUGGUAGAUCCAGGGGUCAACCAUUUUGCGAUGGUACCCAUAAGAAUGUCUACUUGAAGAUUAAGUUGCGUCCGGUGAGGUUCCAAGUGGAGAAGUCCGGAACGUACUGGCUGUGCAACUGCAAACAGACUAAAAUGCGCCCCUUUUGCGAUGGUACCCACAAACAGCCUCACAUCCAGGAGAUUAUCAGAUAG